UCUCUCUCUCUCUCUCUCAAGGAUACGGCUGAUAACCCUACUCCAGGCCAUUACUUUCCGCAGGUUACGGCCCUGGCACAGUAAUGCGUCUGUCGUCUAGGUUGAGAACCCCCGGAGUGUUUCCAAUCCCGAAGGCGAUGUCCAGUGCUGCGUUUCGUCGUCGUGGUGGUCGUUUCUGCGCCGUUCGUGUGUACCCGGUGACUCGGCGAUCGCGGCGUCACACAUAACGUUCGUCUAGGACGCGAGCGUCUCCACCCGCGCAACUUCGUAGUGAAACUGUUUCGCUCGUGUCGCGCGCGAUACUUGUCUCGGAUCGCGGAUUACGUGCACGUAAUCCUUGACUAUAACGUCGUCGUCGUCGUCGUCGACGGCGACGUGCGUGCGUACGUGCGCGCGCUCUCAACAUCGACGAAGUGAGACAUCGAGUGUGCGUGUGCGUGUGUGGCGCUUUGCAAAAGAAGGAGAGAAAAAACGGAAAGGGCGAAAGGGAAAGAACCUAGAGAGUUUUAGCGCGUGAUGUGUUUGUGUCCGUGAUUCUUGUUAAAAAGAAAAAGAGAGAGAGAGAGAGAAAAAAGGUGCGAAAAGGAAGAAGGAAGAACGUUACAUACAGCGAGAAGGACGGAAAUAUCCAAAGAUCCGAUAUAAAGAGCGCGGGAGGAAAAAAGAAAGAGGAGGAGAGAGAGAGAGAGAGAGAGAAAGGCAGAAGUGGCGGCGCCGCUUCUUUUCGCUUGUCGUUCUCGAGGGAGGGCGGAGGAGAGAGUACCUCCGUCUCUCUCUCUCUUUUUCUCUCACCGAGCGUGUGGUUGUGAUCCCUCCGCUCCACUCCCCCUCCCCCCCCCCUCCUCGCUCCUCCUCCGCCUUUUCUCUCUCGUCCCCUCGUCCGCGCGCGGCGAGUAGUGGCAGGUAGAGGAGGCGCGCGAAGCGAGACAACCGAGACACGACACGGAGCGAGCGAGCGAGCGAGCGGCGCAUCUCAACGAGGUAGAGGAGGACGAGAGUGGCGAGGAAGCGGGAAGCGUCGGCAAUUCGGCAUCGGGACGCCCGGCGACUGACUACCUGCUGACGACGGUGCCGGUCCGAUUAAGCACGCGCGCGCGCGCGCGCGCAGUUUGUCACGUUACGUCGCUGCUACUCCUGUGUUAUUGCCGUCGCUGGUGGUGUUGGUGUUGACGUUAUUGGCACUAGUGAUCGGCGGCUGCUCCGUGUGUGGGGAAAAUGGGAUACACGGCGAGUCGGGCCGUUUAACAUAAUAGUGUGCGUCGCCUGCUUUGACGGCGGUGGCGACGACGAUUGCAACGACGGCGGCGACGACGGAGGUGACGGUGGUGGUGGCGGCGGUGGUGGUGGCGGCGGUGGCGGUGGCGACGGGGCCCAACGGCGAGAAGCGGUCGGAAAAAUGGCGUCCGAUAACGAAGCCUCUUGCGCGAGUGACCCAAAUUUCGCGGUGAUCUGCUCAUUUCUCGCCUGCUUCGGCAAGUCCUGCGGCAUCAUCUAUCCGGACAUCGCUCGGCUCCAGGAGAUGCUCGAGAAUACGCAAGAAGUGUCGCAAGAAUUAAUAGAUCUGCACAUCAAGUUGUUGCGAAAAACACGUAAAUCCGUGUCACCAGAAAAGUGGGAAAGGGCGCUAGUCAAGUUUUGCCACACGUACUCUAACCAGGAUGGAUGGGAACUUGAACGCUUCAGUUACAAGAAAGCUCGUAUUGCUGUUAAACUGCGUUUACUUAAAGUAUUAUUGGAAACACAAUUUGACUUAAAUCAAAAGUUUAAGAAUGAAGUAAACAAAUUGGCAGCAAACGAGUUGCGUGUGGAACCUUUAGGAAGGGACAAAAGUGGAUUAGCGUACUGGUGUCAGCUGGAUGAAGAAUGCAACAUAAGAGUUUAUAGGGAAGAUUUAGAUGAAGAGAAUUGGGAAUUAGUAGCUCAGGAUCGAGAAGGUGUUGUUAAUCUUAUAAGUACCUUGUCAAAUGGCGAAAUCGGGGCUAUACCAAUUAAUGAGGAUAGCAACAGUUUGGAAAUCUCUGAGAAACCUAUAAUUGACACUGGACAAGUAACAACGUCUCCAAGCUUAGAAGACGAAGUUGUGCAAGAAAACGGCGAGAUGAAGCAGCUACCAAACGGUAGAAGUGAUGAGUUAGAGGAUGAACGAGAACAUGAUCAAGAUCAGGUUCAGAAUGCUACCAUUAAUGAAACUGAAAAAGAAGAAGUUGACGAAGAAGAAGAUAUUGACGCGGAAGAAGAAGAUAUGACGAAUGAUGAAAGUUCUAAGCAGAUUACGGAGGAAGACGAUUCUCAAGAAAUGGUACAAACUCCGAGCACAGAAUCAAGGUGUACAAAUGAUUCAUCUUCGUCGGCGACUAAUUUAAAAACGCUAAACACGAAAGUGGAUGCAAAAUUGGAAGAUGCGAGCCACAGAGAGACUACUGACGAAACGUCCGCUUUCUUGGUAUCAGAAAGCAAACCCUCAAUAAUACAACAGACCGGUGUUAUAAAAGCUGAAGUUGAAGAACCGGCACCGUUAAAAUCUAUAGAAACGCCUGUUAUUACUUCAUCUCCAUUGAAACUAGUAAAUAUUGCGGAAUUGAAGCAACCGCCAGAAGAAAAGUUAGUAAGUCCGACAUCUGUUAUCGCGCCCUUAAACGCGAUGAAGAAACACGGUCUUUCCGACGAGAUAAAGGCCCUCGAGAAAUUGUCUAACAAGAACAGUCUACCUUUCUCGACUACAGAUUCCAUUUCUGUGGGGCACAGUAAACUAUCCGUCAAACCAAUCGACCAAUUAGCUGCAAAUCUUGUGAGGAUACAGUCAGAGAAAUUGGAGAAGCCAAGUGGGCCGAAAUCUCUGGAAAAGAUUGCAGAAACUUUAGCAAGAUCAAGUAGUAUGUUGGGAAAUAUGGUAAACGGAGAGGAUGAUAGGCUGCCACAAGAUUUUUGCGCGAGAAAUCAAUCCGAAAAGUCGGCAACGCACAGGAGUCAUAGAGGCAUAGACUUGUCAACGUCACCGCGUGGUUGGGAAAACGCAAACGAGCAAAACAGACCAGUGGAUUUCUCUGGAAUUGAUCUUUCUAGUCGAAAAUUGGGAAAAACAAUGGAUUUGCCUUCUCCUGGUUACAGGACGCAAGAUUUCCAGCAUCGAGAAAUGGAUCUAAGUACGAAGAAGGUGAACAAACCAGAAGUGUCGAAUCUGCCAUACGAUGCGCGUAGCGUAAUGUUACGUAAUCAUGUGAUGGUGGCUGAUUUGAGCAAGAGACAAAUGCCGUUCACCGCGUAUGAGACGCCCUAUCAUAAUACAGCUAGAUUACCUGCCAAGGACGAGCACAGAUUACCAAGUUAUGCGAUACUUUCCGAUCCCAGCAAGAUCACGACGCUGAGGAUGAACAGUGCACCCCUGAAACGUCCUAUAGAGGAUGACGAUAUACAGCAAGAUAUGCUGAAGAGGAUAAGGGCGGAUGUAAUUCCAAUCAGGGGCUCUAUAGACAAGAGACCGAUGAUGAGUGGCAACUGGAGAGACGAGGUGAGUGAGGCUAUCGAGGAGCCUAUAAUGAUGGUGCAAGGAGAGGGAUCUGGCAGCGACUGCGACGCAGUAAAUCCCAUUGUUGGAGAGGCUAUAGAGGAACCGACGACUUUUUUCUACGGCGAGGGUUCCGGCGCGGAGUGCGGGACGGGUAAUCCCGGCGACGACACGCCUACUGACAAUAAAGAAAGCAACGAAUCAAAAACUGAACCUGACUCAGCUACCACGACGCUGUCGCAGAAUAAGGUUUUAACCGAAGACGAGGUAUCUACGGGUUCGAUACUGUCGAAAACCCCUGUAAAAUUAAAUAGAAAUUAUCCACAGUCUAAUGUAAGCGUAAACGAUAAUUGUCAAAUAGUAGAUUCUAUACAAGAAAAGCCAAAGUUUAAGCACACGUUAGGCGUCCAGAUAAUACCUAAAAGUACAACCGGUCCUGUCAAAAGGUUGUCCAGGUGGGACGUGGGAAAACCAGAAGAGAAGAAAGAAUGUGACAGCAGUAUCAUAUCAAACGAAGGAAACAUAUCACUGAAGAAAAAUACAGAUGAUCACGAGCGUGAUAAUGUGGAAGAGAAACUGCUGAAUGUGGAUGCUGAAUCGGCCAAAACUAGGCACGAGAAUUCCGGUGAUGUGGAUCAAGAUGUUAAAGUAGAUGACCUUGUAAACCCAAGCAGUGAAGCCAUCGAAGAUAGUGUUAAAUUACAAGUGUCCGACGUAAGUUCGGAAAAUAUAAGUACGACGAAACAGGAAAGAGACUGUACACUUCAAGAGCCUGUGCAGUGCGACUCGUCGAUAUCAUCGUGCCAAGCGGACACUUUGCAAGAACCGAAACCAUGUACAGAUCCUGAACCUACGACAGAUUCAGCCAUUACACAAAACUUAUUUGAUAUGAGUAGCGUGGUUUCGCGCGAACCAGAUACUCCCGAAAUAACGAAUAACGAAUGCAAACCAGCAGCUGCAUCUCCGCCGAGAUUUUUUUUCGGUCCCAAUUGCAUUUCGUACACUUCGAAAUCCGAUGAAUUAGGAUCUCAGUCGGAACAAAGCCUGACUACGUCCAUUCACGAUAAAACGGACACUGUGCAAUAUGAAUGCGUGUCUUCGUCGAAGUCAGCGGAUGAUACUGUUUAUUCGUACAAGACGGAAGAUUUUGAUUUGACGCAAACAAACAAUAAUUCGUUGAAAUCGGAUGUAUUUACUUUGGAAUCUGACAGCGUUUUAUGCGGAAAUAAUAGCAAAGAUAUCGAAAAAAUUGAAGCGCCAAGUAACACAUGGGAUCAAAUAAAGGAAGAGACUUUGACGCCCAAUAGAUCCAUAGAUCCAAACACCGCGUCCGAGUACAAUGCUGCUAGUUCAUCUGUCGCGCAAGUUGAAAUAGAAGCGAGCAAAGAGUCAAGUGUGCAAGAAUCUGUUUGUGUUGAUAAAGAAGUGAGAGAGGAUGACUGCACAAAAUUGCAUACAAGUCCUACGUCAGAAGUGAUAACUGAAAGUAUUAAUGACAUAAAUAUGACUGAAGAAGAUUCAAUUAAAAUCAGUUCGAAUAGCGAACCCAAUGUUCAACCAGCAGAAUGUGGGAUUGUCGAACCAUCGCAAUGCGAUCAGUCUAUCGAUUCUGAAAAUCUUGUAAGUAUAGAGAGUCAAGAAGAUUCUUUUAAAGGAUCGGACGAUGUAACAUCGCAGCUAUUGGAUGAUAAAGACGAUAAACUACUGGCCGAAGAUUCUAAAAACGAGAACGAUUAUCAGUCUGAUAGUACAAAUGUUUGUAACGAAGAACAAAACAGAAUUGAAGAAACAAUAGCGCAUUCGUCUUUAUCUCCACUUACACAAAAUUCGCAAGCAGAGCUAGCUGAUCUCAGGGAAUUCGAGGACGUUAACAAAUCGAACGAACCAUUAGAUUCGAAUUCCACUAAUGAAGUGGAAUCUGCGAGUUAUCAGGAAGCAAACAGGCUUGAGAAAACCGAUCUAGAUUCCAUCGGAGAGAGUUGUGACAAGCAGAGUGACAAGAAUGACAAUUUCUCUGAAAUCGAUGGUCAGGAAGAUCAUUCAACCGACACGGACAACGAGAAGAUGAAAGGCCUCACUGGUUCUGAUGCUGAUUCGUUGUGUGUUAACUACGAUAAGAAUAGCGAAAGAACUGAUGCAUUAUCGGAUGUAGGAACCCAAGAUGAUGGAUCAGGUGAUUCUGAAGAAAUUAAAGACAAAGGAUUGAACGAUGUGCAAGUUAAUGAUACUGUGUUCGAUAUACAUUCUGAAACACAUCUUCCUGAAAGUUCUGUGAUGACCAGUUUGGAAUCGGUUCGAGAAAGUGAUAAACACAAUGUAGUUCCUACUAUAAGCAGUUCAGACGAUGCCUCUGCACAAGACUCUUCAUCUCAAGAGAGCGAACCUGUGCGAAUAGAUGAUGAAAAAGUUGAAAACACUUCGUCUGAUACUGAUAAGCCUUCUACGUUCAACAUUUCGCCUGUAACGGUGCCUGAAACGAAUAUUUGUGAACAGUCCAAGUCUGAUAACGUCGAAACUAUGAAAGAAAUAAGCUCAUCUAAUUUAGUUCAGUCUACAAGCGAAUACGCGGACAAUAUUUCUGAAAAUCCCAGUUCUUGCAUUGAUCAAGAUUCGAAUGGUGAGAUGGUUAUAGAUGAUCGUGUGUCUGAAUCGAACGAAUCUUAUAAAGAAACUGAGGAGACUGCAAUGAAUGAUGAAAAAUCAGGAAAUACAACGCCAAAAGAUACAAUGCAAGAAGAUACAACGCAAGAAGUUACAAUGCAAGAAAAUACAAUACAAGAAAAUAUAAUGCAAGAAGAUAAAAUGCAAGAAGAUAAAAUGGAAGAAGAUAAAAUACAAGAAGUUACAAUGCAAGAAGAUACAAUGCGAGAAGAUACAAUGCAAGAAUCAACAGGAUUUGGAAAAGAAACUUCAGUUCUUACGAAUAUUGAACAUGAAUCUUGUCAGUCCGAAAUUGAUUUAUCAGUGACGAAAACUGAAAUCUUGGAGAAAGAGAAAUCUGAAGUUGAUGCAGAGAGCAGAGCUUCUAACAAUUUUAAAGAGUUAAUCGUAAAAGACGAGAGUAAAACUUGUAAUACCGAUCAACAAGAUACGAUAAUUGCGGAGGAUGUCUGUAAAAUUAAUGUAAGUGAAAAGGUUGCUGAAAACGUUACAAACAAAAAAUCAGAGAUAGAUACAACAGCUCUAACUGUCGAACAAUCGGAAACAAACACUGUAGAUACAAUUUCUCAGGAAUCACAAGUAAAGGUCGUGAAUGUUAACAAACAAUCACUAGUUGCAAAUUAUGAUAGCGAUUCCAAUGAUAAUGGUAGCGAUGACGUUUUUAAACCUGAUGUGACACAAAUAAACGAUUCUAAAGAUUGUGCUGUUGCCCUGAUAGAGCAAAAAACGGAUAAAGAGCAGUACGAAAAAUCACCUGAUAAAGAAAAAGAUAUCGACAGCGCAAAUUUAGUUUCUGAUGUGCCUCAAGAAUCAGCGUCUACCGAACAACAGUUAGAAGAACCUUUAGAAACAAAAAUAUUGAAUCAAGAUGUAGUCAUAGAGCAAGACAUAAACAUUAAAGAAAAAUGUGCCGACGAAACACAAGUCAAAUCUGCCUGCAAUAACUUUGAAUAUCGUUCAACUGAUCAAUCAACAAUGCUUUUAAGUAAGGAUGAACUUCAAGAGGAAACGAAUAUUCAGGAUAUUCCUACUACUGAUGAUUCUAAAGUGUCAGAAAUGUCAGAUGUGAUGAAGUUUUCAGUAGCUCCGGUCACGACUGAGGAGACAACUGAAUCUCUUCAGAGCAAAAGUUUUGAGAUGACUAUCGGUCAUAGUGAGAAAAGUAGAGAAUAUCUCAACAAUUUGAUUGAUAAUACAAAAACAGUCCAGAUGCAAGCCACUCGAGAUAUUCUUGAGACAAUGGAAAAGGCAGAUUGUUUAAUAUCUAAAAAUGAUUUUAACGAAAGUGAUGCCAAUAAAAGCACAAAGGUUUCGUUUACUCGAGAAAGCACGGAAUUUAAUGCUACGGACAAUCAAGUGACUGACGUACUUCAUAUAACAGAGCAAGCAAAAAAUGUGGACGAAAAAUUGGAUGUCAGUUUAGAUAUCGAGAAUAUCGCAAAAUCGAAAAGUGUAAAUGAACUUAAUUCUGAGGAAUUGCCUAUUCCGUGCAAAAGAUUUAAAGAAGAUCUCGACCGUGGUAAUGAAGACAAUAAAUGGGACGAGAAGUCGCAAGGAGAAUGUUUAACUAAGCCGUUUACGGAAGAGGUGAAUUUACCAUUGAUUCAAACAGAAUCGGAUAUUAUGCUAACAAAGUUGGAUAAUACUUUAGAUGUGGAUAAAUCACACACGUGGAAAACUGAGAGUGCAAGUUUAGAAGGAAGCAUGUCUUUGGAUGCCUUGUAUAAUUCAAAUUCAAUGUCCACGAAGAUGGACAAUGUUAAUAACUUGGACAGUUGCAACAAUCAAAAUGAGCCUUUUAAUAUAAACAUGAAUGUAAAUAAGAUUACGGAACAUUUUGAUAAGAAUGAGCCUUCAGAUGCAAAUAAUGAAUCGACGACAUUUUCCGCUCAGGAGAUUAUUUCAGAAAUUGGUACUGUAAAAUCUGAUCCAAAGAAAGAAGCCAGUAAGAGGCUGAUCGAUGCCUCGGAUAUAGAAGAUGUUCCUCCGUUAAAGUCUAAGCCUCCGUAUAUGGAAACCGAUGAUAAGACACUGGGAAAUUUAACAGAUCCCGAUAUGCAAACGCCUAAGACUUUAGAUACGUCCAAUAAGGCCGAAAAGUUAAAGCCACAAAUCGAGGAUGAAACGAGAUCAAUGAUCUCUACAACACAAUUGUUUCAAAAUGAUUUCGGUAUGGUAAACGAUUCCGUGGCUGUAGCCGAAGAUUCGAAGAAGGUCGAUUUAGAAACUGCAGAAAGGGAAGAACUUUCCGAAAUUCAGGACAUCGAGAUGAAAAAUAUUUCUGAAGCUUCUGAUGAUUCAACAGGCGUGGAUAAUGAAGAUGUCUUUAAUGUACCGGAAGAAACAGAUCCCUUAGCGUGCACCGAUGACGCUUUAAAGAAUAUUACCGAAGAUGCGUCUGACACUCCUAAGAUAAGUAUUCGCGUAAAACCGGCAUCUGAUUUGGUUUAUGAGGGAUGGAAAUUGGACAGCACUACAGAAAUGCCAAAGGUCUCGCGAAAGCGGCGAAACAGCGCUCAUGAAUCGAAUUCCGAGGAUGGAGCAACGAAACAAGAAGACGAAGAGAUGAUGGGUGGUAAAAGGAUGAAGUUACGCGCAAAACGUAUACCGGAUAAAGAAUUACGAAAGUCCAUCGAGGAAAGUCGUGGAGUGGCGGUGAGCUCCGAGGACGAGGCUGUGAAAUGUGAUCCUGAUAAUGCAGCGGAGCACGCGAAUAAAGAGGACAGCGGUGGUGAUCCGAACAUUAUGCAAACAAUGGCGAACGACAAAAAGAUUAGGGGUCGUCCUAGGGGUAGAAAGAGGCGCGGUUUCCGGGGUGGUGGACGUCCGAGUCGGCCAAAGCUCACAGAAUUUCAGGUCGAUCAGACGUCGCCUGGUGCUCAUCUCGAUGAAACACCUAAUGAUACUUUAAAUACAGCACAGAAGAAACGGAAAAAACGAAAAAUGGUCUUAGGCUUAGAAAUAGGUAGAGAUAUCUCGUUGGAGACGGAAUCACCAGCACAGGAUGAGAUGCCUGUCAGGCAAUCAAGAAGAAUAGCGCAGUUGAAAAUAAAGGAACAAGCAGAUAGGCGUAGAAUCGAGGAGGAAUCUAUGCGUGAGAUAGAAGAGAAAAAGGAAUCAGAAAAGAAAAAAAGAAAGAAGCAGAAGCCGGAAAGCGAGGAGGAAAUUAUCAUAAAGGAAAUUGAAAAGGAGAAAAAGUCCAAAAAGAGACGUCGAAAGAGGAAGAAAAAGAAGAUGCUUGCUAAAUUUAACGAAGCGAACCCAUGGCAGAGUUCAUCUGGGUCUAGCAGUGACGAAGAGAAUGAUAAUGAAGAUGAAGAAGAGGAUAUGGACGAAGAUAUGGAGAGCGAAGGAUCUUUAUUGUUUAAAAGUGAUCAUGAAUUUUCUCCUGAGAGCGAUCUCGAGAAGGAUCAAGAGCCUCAACCUUUAAGACGUGCUAGAACAGCACAAAAGGCCCAAAGUCAUGUCGAGGAAGCUGAAGAUGAGUAUGCCUGUCAGAAAUGUGGCAAGGCUGAUCAUCCCGAAUGGAUUCUUUUAUGUGAUUCUUGCGAUAAAGGUUGGCAUUGCUCCUGUCUUCGACCAGCUCUUAUGCUUAUACCCGAAGGUGAUUGGUUCUGCCCUCCGUGCCAACAUACUUUAUUGGUGACCAAAUUACGGGAGACUCUAAAAACACUGGAUCAGUUAACAAAAAGACAUGAGAAUGAAGUGCUACGAAAGAAGCGAUUGGCUUUUGUCGGCAUAAGUCUGGAUAAUGUACUUCAUAAAGGCGAAACACAACACGGAUCGAAAGGAUCGCAAGCAUCCAGUCAAGAGUCAGACAACGAAUCUUCAGAAUCUUCUUCCUCGGGCACCAGUUCUGAAAUAUCGAGUAGUGAGGAAAGUGAGCCAGUUUAUCAGUUACGAGAACGUCGAUGCGCCAGCACUUACAAGUUUAAUGAAUAUGAUGAUAUGAUUAAUGCUGCAAUUCAAGAUGAAGUUGAAGCGGUUCAAGGUGCUGGCAAUCAGGGAAGAGGGAAGGAUAUUGCAACGAUAGUUAACGCGGAAAAGGAAGAGGCACAGGCUGAAGCAUUAAAGAUGACGCAAUUGGAAGAGGACAAGGACGAUAUAGAAUCAAAGCCGGAAAAAGAAAGCGAUGAAGAAUAUAAGAUUGAGAAUGAAGAUGUGAUCGAUGAUAUGGAGGAACGAAAAGCGGUUGUUAGGAACAAAAUACGAUUACUAGCACGUAAGAAACAUCGAAAGCUAAAUAGCCUCGACAUAAGCAGUGAAGACGACCCGGAUAGUGACGAAGAUUUCAAGGGUACAAGCUCCGACGAAGAGGAGGACUUUGAUGAUCAUAUCACAUCAUCUGAUGACAGCUUUGCCGAUGUAAAACGACGUGGUAGAAAGGGUGAUUUGCGACCUGUUAGAAGAUCUACCAGGGCGCGCAUGACUAGGGCCUACGAUGAUGAUUUUAUUAACGAUGAUAGUGACGAGAGUGAUCGACCAAAGAGAAAAAAAUCGCGAUCCAUGUGGGGAGAUUCCGAUAGCGAAGAUAGCGAUAAUUCGUGGAGGCAGAGAAAGAAAAAAAGCAGAACAAUAUCAACAUGUAGAGUCAGGACAGUACCUAAAACAAAGGGCAAGAAGAAAAAAAAGAGAAAACGUAUAAUAGAAUCUGAUAAUCAGAGCGAAAAUGACGAAGAAGAUGAGCCGAAAAUUAAAGCACAAUGUGAACCUAAUUUACAAGACUUCAAUACUCUAAAUGAGAUAAUGGACGUUAAUGAACAAGAAAAUUUUGAAACUUCUUUAGGCGAAGGCAAUGUUGAAAUAAAAGAUGAUAGAUUACAAGAACCAACAGCAGCAGCAACAGUAGCAGCAGUAACAGUAACUGCUGCUACUUCAGAUGUCCCGGUUCCACAAAUUCAGCAGCCGUCAGAAAUAGUACCGAUUCAGAAAAUCAAAAAGGACAUUGUCCCUAAACCGAAAAAAGCUCCCGCUAUUAGACGAAAAAUUAUUUAUGGUGGACUUCCAGACGAAAACAAACAAGAAGAAGAAGAAAUAUUAGGCAGACGGACUCGAGGACGAAAAAUCAAUUAUCGAGAAGAAAUGGCGUCAGAUAGCGAGGAGGAGCUGAAAAAAGCAUUGAUGAUGAGAAAGACUGGUGAAAGCGAAGAUGAGUACGUAAUGAAUGAGGCUGACGAUAUGAAUGAUGAUGGAGAGAAGGAUUCUGAUUCAGGAGAUAAUUAUAUUCCUAAGAAGGAUGCCCUAAAAUUUAAGAAGUCACCGAAGACAAAGAAAUCACGUAAUAGUAAGAGCCCUGCAACAAAACGUAAGUCAUUAUCUGAUGACGUACCGAAGCAAAGAAAGAAACCUGGACCGAAGCCAGGAAGCAAGAACAAAGGACGUAAGCAAAAGUUGACGGAUGACAUGGAUGGAGACAUGAUUGGCACAGUUAUGGACAAUCCUAUUGGUGACAUAGCAUCUAAAAUUGAUGAGAAUCUUCCAGAUAAUGUAGGUCUGGCAGGCACGACGAUGUCAGUAGCAAGCUCGUUUACCGGAGACGUUCCUGAAGGUUCACUGACAGGUCUUGGUGCUGGAGAACUGGCUGACCUAGACGAUGAGCAGCUCGAGCAGAUGAUGAUGGAUGAAGAGUACGGACGUCGGCAGCUGGAGCUAGCGGCAAUCGAAAUAGCAAAGAAGAAGAAAAAGGAGGAACGAGAAGCUAAGAAGUUGGAGAAAGCGCGUUUGAAGGCUCUGGAGAUACUGGCGGCAGAAAGGCAGAGAGAUCCUAACGCACCCGAAGGAACGGACGGUGAGGUGCCCAAGAAAAAGAAGCGCGGACGUCGCAGUAAAGCUGAGAUCCUCGCUGAACAGAUGCGCAGGGAUGGUGCGUCAAAUCUGGGCAUCGCGCCGGCUUCAACCAUCGGUGGAAUUGGCACGCCGGAUGGCGUGAGCAAUAUGUCACACAACAUGAAUCCUGGUAUCUUAUCUACGGGUCUGACGCCGGAAACAGACAGGAGCAUCGAAGGACACAUGCCUCUUAUGACUGGACCGGAUGGACAACUUUUCAAUCCGGAUGGCACGCCAGUGAAGCCAAAACGACGAGGUCGCGGCAAAGGCAAGAAGACUCUUGCAAUGGAGGCGGCUAGAGCCGCGGAAGCGGCAGCUAAGGCCGAUGUUGGUUUGAUCGGCAUGGGUACUGACUCGAAUUCAGACAUGAAACAGAACGAUAUACCAAACAUUCUUCCUACGCCAGGUAGUAGCACGUCUGGUUCGGCGCCCUCUACACCACCAGCGAGUACCGUGCCUACACCAGGCCCUCCAUCAACGCAAUCGCCAAAUUCGCAGCCAGUUUAUCCAUCACUACCCGGUCAACAGUCUUCCGUCAUCACAAGAAUGCUUCAGUCCCAACCGGUUUCCAGCACUCCACAGUCAUUCACCGCAGCAGCGGCAGCGAUGGGUCAUAAAUAUUUCGGUGGACCCAACGCUGGAGGACAGAUAAUGGGCGGUCCACGAACGGGAUACGAGAUGCAACCACGUGCCAGGAUCCCGUCCCCUUAUAGACAGGCGGGUCAAUCAUCUAUGCCACCGCAUUUUGCCGCGGUCAGAUCGGGUACGCCACCAAUGCGUAUGCGAGUAUCCGGGCCGCAAAUGUAUCACACGCCACACCAUCCGAUGGAUCCAUCCCCAUCGGGUGGCGGACCGAUCUCCAUUACCAAUAGAGAUCGUAGUUCUCCCUUGACGCCCGGCGGACCGGCGAUGAUUCCACCAUCGGCCGGCAGUCCACUGGCCAAGGGCGGUCCGACGCCGCCACCACCACCUCCACCAUAUGUGCGGGGUGGUCCACCAAUGGCUAGGUUUGCCGAGAAUCCUAUGGGACCCAGGCAUCAGAUGCCGCCAUUUACCAAUGCCUCGCCUGUAAAUCACAAUAUGCAGCAACCUUCACCACCUCCCAAUCGACCGCCCGGUAAUUUUUCACCGUAUCAUCCGCCUCCGCCACCUAAUUAUCACUACGGUGCCUAUCCGCCGCCUCCGCCAAUGUCUACAGCGGACGAUGCAGCUGCCUACCAGAGUUCGCCGUAUCCCUCGGAACAUUUCUCCUCACCGGCAGACAACCAACCACCGAUUCAAGGACCGCCUCAGGCACCAUCGCAGCAAUCGCAUCCGAAUGAUGAAGACCAUGGCACCGGCGAAUUUGGCGGCCUGGUAUCUUACUUUAGUAGCCAGAGAGAGGACGAUCUCGAUUCGUAGCAUGAGUGAGAGCUUGGCCAACCCUAAAUCAUUAGGUAGGGGGAGCGUGCCCAGGUAAGACCGCAACUUUUGCUACAGAGGGAAAAGUGGUAACGUAGACGCACGAAGUAGAACACGAACUUUGGAUGAUCUAACUUUUCAAGGACAUUAGUGCGUAUGUCACGUGGAAAUAAAACUAUAGAGUCUUCCUCUUCGUCCUCUAAAGCAAACAGUUGUCCUGUAAUCCUUGCACUUCUUACGCCGCCGGAGGCAAAUCUAAGGUUGGCCAAGUGUAGAGCGAAUGGAAUCAUAGUGACAUGGCGGAGCUUAUUUUUUAAGAGUUGUAAGUUUUUCUGUAAUUACUUUUCAGUUUAAUUGAAUUUAUAUGCAACGGCGUACGACCGCAAAAACUUUAAGUGAAGACAUAACGGUCGUUUCGUCUAUGAUGAGGCGAAAGAUCUGACCAGAACCAUUUUUUACCAUUAUUCGUUAUUAUAAUCCGCUGAAAAUUCAAAUGAAGUUAUUUCCAGAAAGUUUUAGGAUGAGAAUGAAAUAUUCAUUCUCCGCGAAGUGGUAGUGUGUCCUGUGGAAGAAAAAAAAAAUGAGAAAUUGAUCAUUAAUAAUGACGAGAAAGGAAUAAAAAUUAUCGAGUGGUUUUGAACGACAUCGUUAUUAACAUGUACAUAUUGUAAAUAUCCCGUAAGUCCUUUAGAUUAUGUAUUACAUGUAUUAUAUAUACACACAACACAUGCAGUCAUGCAAAAUACUAUAAAAAUUAGUG